UUAAGGUUACGGUACGUCCCAAGGAUCCCAGAUAGCAAAGAUAAGAGAGAAAGAGGCGACGCCUCUUGUUUUUGCUGCCUAAUGAGGAAAAAGUCAAUAUUGAAAUGGCGUCAGUCACGGCUCGUGGUAUGACCCUUUGCAUCUUGGCGCUGUUAAACUUUGUCUUCGUUUUUAUAACCGGUGCAGACUUUGUUCGUUUUAUCUCAUUUCGAGCGAUAUAUCAUAACAUCACUGGAGAGUCGCCACUGUGUCAAGACUCUGUACCAUGGUCUGUAGCCUUGCGGGACAGCUCUGUUCUCAAGUCUGUGGUUGUGGAUCUGGGGCUUCUGGGGCUUUUUACUGUCCAGCACAGUCUAUUGGCCUGGGCUCCAGUCAAGCAGGCCUGCCAGUCUGUCCUGGGGGUAUUGAACCGGGCCAUGUACUGCUCCACCACUGCUCUGGCUCUCCAGAUAUUGAUGCAUUACUGGCAGCCUGUGACGGAUGCUCCCUGUCUGUGGUCAGUACGUAAUGCCCCAUGGAAUACCUGGUUCCCACUGCUCUGUUUCACCCUGCACUUCCUCUGCUGGUCCAUCAUCUGCAGUAUACUGCUGAUCUUUGACUAUCCUGAACUACUGGGCAUCAAGCAGGUUUAUUAUGAGUGUCUUGGUUUGGGAGACCCUCUGGCUCUCAAGUCCCCCCGGGCUCAGCGUCUCUUUGCCCACCUGCGUCACCCAGUGUGUGUGGAGCUGGCUGUGGUGCUGUGGCUCCUCCCUGCACUGCCCCUGGACAGGCUGCUGCUGGCGGGGAGUCUUUCGGCCUACCUGGCCCUGGCUCACUCCCUGGAUACACAGGACUGUGCCUACCUCAGUGUCCAGCUGCAUAGCAAACUGCGUCUCUUCUCUUUGCCACAGGAGGGCACUGCUCAGAACAAUAACAACCACAAGGAAGAGUGAAUUGAAGUCAUGGGUGUUAAAAGCUAGGUUUCCAUCCAAUUGCCGAUACAUAAGAAUAUUCUAAAAUCCACAUAAAAACAAUAUGCACAUUUUC